ACUUGAAAUGGUCAUAAUAAUGUUUAUGUGAGUGAAGAGUGUUAUGUUCAUACAUAUUGAUUUGUGCUGUAAAAGUGCUGCUCUGAAGCAAGAGAUGCUUGCUGAGGUCAAGCGUGUGAUGUCACGAGUUGACCUCUAUUCCCAGAAGACACUAGGAUGACAGGAAAUAAAGAGGCUGCUGCUCUGAGGGCGGAAGUGGAGGAAGGGAGCGUCGAGUGCCGAGAGCCAGAAACAUUGAUGGCUGUGACAACUGGGCGUGGAGGCUGGUACCAUCAGAUCUGCUGACAUGAGUCUGUAUGACUGUCAAAGCAGGAGCCAGGGUCCGCCAGGGGAUUCUGGGGACAUGUCAUUUAACAACCAAAGCAGCAAGAUGAAGGACACAAAGUGUUGUGAGUGCAGCACAUCACUGUCACACUGGUACUAUGAGAAAGAUGGACACCUUUUUUGCAAGGAAGACUACUGGGCUAAAUAUGGGGAGCUGUGCCACGGCUGCAAUGAUCCCAUCACCACCGGCCUCAUCAUGGUCGCAGGGGAACAAAAGUAUCACCCGGAGUGCUUCACGUGUUUAAACUGCAGGACGUUCAUCGGCGAUGGAGACACGUAUGCUCUUGUGGAGAGAUCCAAACUGUACUGUGGUCACUGCUACUACCAGACUGUUGUGUCUCCGGUGUCACUGCCGGACUCCCCGUGCUCCAAAAUCCCUCACACGGUGACAUUAGUGUCGAUUCCUGCCUCUGCCGAGGGAAACAACGGGCGAAGAGGGAGGGGGUUCUCUGUGGCUGUCGACCAGCCGCUCAGCCCGACUAACGGACUCAAUCCUGAUCACGGACGCACCGUCAGAGUCUCGCAGGUGGAUGCAGACUGCAUCAGUCCAGAUGUGAAAAAUUCUAUUCAUGUUGGAGACAGGAUCCUAGAAAUAAAUGGGACCCCAAUUCAUAAUGUUCCUUUGGACGAGAUCGACCUUAUGAUUCAGGAAACAAGUCGACGGCUUCAGCUGACGAUCGAACACGACCCUCACAGUCUGCAGCAUGAGGGACACUGCACAGAGGCAGAGGAGCUGGGGGACGCCCCGGUGUUUUCCCCUCUGUCAGACGGCCCCAUCCUUCCCAUCACCCAGCCCCCUAUCACUGAUCUCAGUAGUCUGCGGUCGCACAUCAUCACGCGCAGUUGCAGCACUGACAAGUCUCCAGGUUCCAGCACGGCUGUGUCCCCGGUGUCUCAAAGAAAAGACAUGAGUUUAUCCGGGUCGCUCCGUGUGGCCUCAAAUCGGGUGCAUAGAAUCUUUCGUCCGUCCGACCUAAUCCAUGGGGAGGUUCUGGGGAAGGGCUGCUUCGGACAGGCUAUCAAGGUGACCCACCGGGAGACGGGGGAGGUGAUGGUGAUGAAAGAGCUCAUUCGCUUUGAUGAUGACACUCAGAGAACCUUCCUGAAAGAGGUGAAGGUCAUGCGUUGCCUUGAUCACCCCAAUGUCUUGAAGUUCAUCGGGGUCCUCUACAAAGACAAAAGACUCAACUUCAUCACUGAAUACAUCAAAGGAGGAACUUUGAGGGAGAUCAUUAAGAAAAUGGACUGCAGCUAUCCCUGGAACCAGCGGGUCAGUUUUGCCAAGGACAUCGCUGCCGGAAUGUCAUAUCUACAUUCCAUGAACAUUAUCCACCGGGACCUGAACUCUCACAACUGUCUCGUACGAGAGAACAACACCGUGGUUGUGGCAGACUUCGGCCUGGCUCGUCUCAUGAUCGAUGACAAACAGGAAAAACUGUCUCACGCCAAGUUGCCCGGUCUGAAGAAGCCUGACCGCAGGAAGAGAUACACUGUGGUGGGGAACCCCUACUGGAUGGCACCCGAGAUGAUCCAUGGGAAGAGUUAUGAUGAGAGAGUGGACAUCUUCUCCUUCGGUAUCAUGCUUUGUGAGAUCAUCGGCAGAGUCAACGCAGACCCUGAUUACCUGCCCAGAGCUCUGGACUUCGGACUAAACGUGUCUGGCUUCCUGGAGCACUACUGUCCCACCGAUUGUCCGCCGGCCUUCUUCCCCCUUGCUGCUGUUUGCUGUGACCUUGACGCUGACAAACGCCCUGCUUUCACUAAACUAGAGGAGUGGCUGGAGAAUCUGAAGAUGCACUUAGACACGGGGCUGCCUCUCAUGUCAGAGGUGGAUCAGCUCCACAAGGACUUCUGGAAAAACAACAGCAUGAAACCCUCUGAAAAUGGCCUGCACGUCCACCCGGAGCAGCCGGAAUGAGCACAUAAGAACCGGAACAUCACCUCUCGACAGUCCUCCAUAGUGUCAACAGUGUUUGAGGACCGUGCUGAUUUGAAGAGGACGAUUCAUGUUGGUGCUCGUCUGUUGCUCAAGCGGACGCAGUGGAAGAAACUCAGGUGGAACAUGAGGAUUUCAGAAGCCACAAGUGCGAAGCGCGAGUUUAGAGUUGGUGAAAUUGAAGGACAAAAACUAUGCCUGAUGCUGCCCACGGAGAUGAGAGGGAAUAUAUGACUUAUGCAAUCAGAUUGAUACCACACUCUUCUAUCGUCAUAUUCCACCUUCUUGAUAAUAGUCUACUGAGGACUUUGUGGGGAAACUCACAUAAAAAAGGACACUUUAUCUUCCUGAUCCCCCAACGUUUUUAACGGCCCCACCCAUGUCACAAACCUGGCUCAAUGGUCAUGACAGGCCCAUCGCUUCCCCUGUGUUUCCAGCUUCAGCCCGCAUCAUGAAGAGCGCACGGCUAUAAAUAAUACUGUCAGGUCAAAUGCCGGUUCCUCACAUCCCCUCUGUACGUAUUAGACAGACUAAGCCCCUUCUGGUACUCACUGAUGGAACUAUUGUCCUUCACAUUCUGUCUCGUGUAAAUAGCUUGUGACGUUGUAAAUGUUUAAAUAUUGUACAGACAUAUUUUCUAUACGACAUUGCCAUAUUUUUAUUGGCGGUCAGGUGAGUGUAACUGGAGUUUGUCUGAGACAGAUUGAUGGCUGGUUAUCUGAUCAUAGAUUAUUCAUAGUUUGAUUUAUUCCACUUCUAAAUUGCAGAAGGAUUCAGGUAUUCAGAUUUGGAAGGUGUUUGCUGUGUCUACUUGGUCCUGUGUUGCGUCUUCAUCGUCUUGAGUCUGCCUCCUGGUGUGAUGCCACUCACUCAUCUACAAGUCCAUUGGCCCAUCUUUGCAUUCAUUUGGACUGUUUUCAUAAGUUGUAUGUCUGUUGAUCAAAUUUUCAGAAAUCCUAAUUCUAUUUAUUUGCAAAUACUAUUCUGGGUUUGAACUCUGAAUGAAUGGUUCUAAGUGUGGCGUCACCUUCAAUGUUUUCACCAUCUGUCCACCACUGUUUGUUUACAUGUUAAUGUUUGCUGGAAUUGUCAUUGUAAAUAUGUGUGUAAACAUAUCUAUAUAUACAGUAUAUAUAUAACUGUCGACUCUGGCAUUUUGUCUUUGUGUAUUGCAUAGAUAUAGCACUCCUCAGAAAUACUCUCUUCCGCUCUAGCACCUUCCAAUUUCUUGUCUGAAAUUGUUUUUGCUUCCACAAGCUGCAUGAUAUACAAGCUAGGUCUGGUUUUCAGCUUCUGAACUCAGCCACCUUUGUAAUAUUGUGAUUUUUACAAAAUUGAGAAUGCAGAGAAAGAAAAUGAGGCUAGAGAAGCGUCAGUUUUCUUUGGUAUGAAACUAGUGAAAUCUUUUUGUAAAGAUGUAUGUGCUUUUAUUUGCACUAUAUGGCUGUUUUAUGCCGUGUUCGUUUUUCACUCUUGGGCUACUUGUGAUACGGAUGUUUUUUUAUUUGGAUCAGGAUGAUAUUUGAAUGCUAGACACUGAAAGAGCCUUUUUAUGAAGUUUGGCUUUAAUCAGAUCAUUUUGUUUGUAAUAAAACACGAUCAAAACUUCAGUUAUAAAGAUGAUUUGAUGUCGCUGCCUUUUGGUUGGUCCUCUGUAUUCAAUUUUACCUGACUGAAAGAUGGUCUUACCUCAAAAUACAGCACUUAAAAUGGCCUGUCUCACCGUUUCAUCACACCCUUGGCUCAGGUCUGUGAUCUUUGGCUAUUUGAAAAAAAAAAGAAUCUUUAAAAAAAAGCAUGUGACUGACUAACCAAUAGCCAAUAUUCUUGGUAGCUCUGGGUCUUGAUGUCUGUGAGCUUCUCUGUUACUGUGUGGCUUUUUGUCUGUCUCCGCCCUCACCUGAGCCAUGUUGAGCAUGAUAGUGAGGAUGUCUGGAUGGUGGAUGAGAAUGUUGCCGCAGCACUUCUUUGCAAAGGAUCAAUACCUCUGAUCAAUGCUGUGCCUUUGUUGUAAGCUAGCCUUGCCAACGACUCAAUCCAGUUUCCUUUUUAAAAUGUUUCCCUGAUCGCUAGCCUGAUUCAAGUGUAUUAAAUAUCACUGCUGAUACCUGUCCUGUAUCAUAUUUUUAUUGUCUAGUUUUGUUUUUUUUUUAAGCUUUUUGUUUCCAUGUUUAACUUUUUUUUUUUACACGAGCUGUGAAAACAAUUCUGCACUUUAAUCUUUUAAACAUGUAGAUUCUGAGGAGAUGAUAUUUUGUUCUAUUUUGUCAGCUAUAAAAUAAAACUGUU